GCGGAUGUUAGGGCUUAAGAUUGAAGGUUUAGAAACGACAUAGAAGAAGUGAAGAAGGAAGUGAGUUGAGUUCACUUGCUUCUCAAAUUCAUUCAUCCACCCGCUCCAAUAAUAAAACAUGUCACUCUGCCGCCUUCUCCUCCGCUCUCUCCGCCGUUCCACCACCGUCAGUCCCAUCUCCAUCACUGUCCGUUCCUUCGCAUUUUCCUCCGCCGAAGAAGCUGCAGCAGUCCGACGUCAACGCAAGCGCCGCCUUCGUAUCGAACCUCCCUUAAACGCAAUCCGUCCUCCUCCGCAGCAACAUCAUUCACGCGAUCCCAACGCUCCUCGCCUUCCUGAUUCCACAUCAGCUCUAGUAGGACCUCGACUGAACCUUCACAACCGCGUCCAAUCACUAAUUCGCGCCGGUGACCUAGACGCCGCCUCCGCCAUCGCACGCCACUCUGUUUUCUCAAUGACUCGACCUACGGUGUUCACCUGCAACGCAAUAAUCGCUGCUAUGUACCGCGCGAAGAGGUACAACGAAGCUAUUGCUCUUUUCCACUUCUUCUUCAAUCAAUCUAACCUAGUUCCCAAUAUCGUUUCUUACAAUAACGUUAUCAAUACUCACUGUGAUGAAGGCCGUGUCGACGUGGCACUUGAGAUUUAUCGCCACAUCAUCGCUAACGCUCCUUUCAGUCCUUCCCCUGUUACCUAUCGUCAUCUCACAAAAGGUUUGAUAAACACCGGUCGCAUUGACGAAGCUGUCGACCUUUUGCGUGAGAUGUUGACCAAAGGUCAUGGUGCUGAUUCGUUGGUUUAUAACAAUUUGAUAUUAGGUUUUCUUGAACUUGGUAAUUUGGAUAAGGCUAAUGAGCUUUUUGAUGAGCUUAAAGAAAGGUGUCUGGUUUAUGAUGGUGUUGUGAAUGCUACUUACAUGGAAUGGUUCUUUAAUCAGGGAAGAGAUAAAGAGGCUAUUGAUUCUUAUAAGUCUUUAAUGGCACGUGAGUUUAGGAUGACACCUGCAACUUGUAAUGUUUUGUUGGAGGUUUUGCUUAAGCAUGGAAAGAAAACUGAGGCUUGGGCAUUGUUUGAUCAGAUGUUGGAUAAUCAUACCCCUCCUAAUUUUCAGGCUGUUAAUUCGGAUACUUUUAAUGUGAUGGUUAAUGAGUGUUAUAAGCUUGGUAGGGUUGAUGAAGCAGUUGCCACUUUUAGGAAGGUUGGAACCAAGCCUAAUUCUAAGCCUUUUGUAAUGGAUGUGGCUGGUUAUCGAAAUAUUAUAUCUAGGAUGUGUGAGAAUGAGAUGUUGUCUGAAGCUGAGACUAUGUUUCAAGAGCUGUGCUCCAAGUCCUUGAGUCCAGAUGUUCCUACUCACACGGUUUUGAUCGAUGGGUAUUUGAAAGUGGAUAGGAUUGAUGAUGCUUUGAGGAUAUUCAACAAAAUGGUGGAUGCUGGUUUGAGGGUGGUUGCUACAUUUGGUAACAGGGUGUUUGACGAAUUGAUUAAGAAUGGUAAAGCUAUUGAUUGUGCUCAGAUUUUGAGCAAAAUGGGAGAAAAAGAUCCCAAGCCUGAUCCGUCUUGCUAUGAGGUUGUGAUCAAGGGACUGUGUGCUGAAGGUUUGUUGGAUAAAAGCCAAGAGUUGCUGGACGAGGUUAUGAGGUAUGGUGUUGGUCUCACUUCUGCCUUGCGUGAACUUGUGACUGAGGCUUUUAAAAAUGCUGGGAGGGGUGAGGAGAUUGAGAGACUGCUAGAUAUGAACCGAGUUGGAUACAACCGACCAAGACCUGCAUACCAGCAACGUCCACCACCACCGACAAGGUCUCCCUCUCAAAUGGCAGGAACGUAUAACCCAACUAAUGGUUUUCCACAACAGCGCCCACCACCACAAUACCAAACACCACCUUCUCAAGUAGCACCUCAGCAAUACCAAACACCACCCUCUCAAGUGGCAGGAACUCAUAACCCAUCAUCUGUGUUUCCAUCUCAAAUGACAGCACCUCAGCAAUACCAAACACCACCCUCUCAAGUGGCAGGAACUCAUAACCCAUCAUCUGUGUUUCCAUCUCAAAUGACAGCACCUCAGCAAUACCAAACACUGCCUUCUCAAGUGGCUGGAACACAUAAUAACCCUUCUUCUGGGUUUCCGGCUCACACGGCAGGACAUAAUCCCCCACCACACUAUGACACUCGAAUGGCUGGAGGACACAACUAUCGCUUUCCCUCUGGAUAUCCACCUCAAAAUUCAGGGCAGCAACGCCCACCAUUGCAUCCUCAAACGACAGGAACUCAUCAAGCUCCAUGGGGAGUAUCUCCUCCGAUGACUGGGCUGCGAGGGCCAGCAGCUGGACCUUCUCCUCAAUCAACAGGGCAGCCUCACCACCCUCCAUACGAACAUCCUCCUCAUAUGGAAAGGGUAUCUCCUCAGACAACUGCAAAUCCUAAUACACCAUAUCGACCUUCAACUCAAUUUGUAGGACAUCAACCUUAUGGACCACCAUCUAGGCCUCAACAAAUGGCAGAGCAACCAUAUCCACCGUCAAGAUUGACUACUCCAAUGUCAGGGCAACACCAUCCGUCGUCAGGACCAACUCCUCCAAUGUCAGGGUCAUCUCAAUCAUCAUAUGGAUCAUCAGCUGAAACUUCAAUGCCAUAUUAUACAGCCCCAGGAACAUCUUCUCAGAUUACAAGACCAUAUCACCCAUCAUCAGGAACCCCUCCUCACUUUGAAGAAUCACAUCAACAGCAAUCGGAAGUCCCCGAACAGGUUGCAGUCUAUCGUUGAAGCUCAAGCUAAUUCUUAGUGUUGCUGGCUCUAUUUUUUAUUUAGAGAAGACUUAAUCUAUAUUUUGUAUUUCUGAGUUUAUACAGGAAUAAUUUUUUCUUUUAAAUUUAUUGGUCCGGAGCAUGUAUUGAAGGUGUUGUAUGACAUGUUAUUUUAAUUUACUCUUGUAAUUCAACUUUCAAAAUCCAGCACAGCAUGUUACGGAAUCGAUAAACUGUUUAAAGUGUAUUGAUGCUAUUUUAAUUUGGCAUUCAAAUGUAUUGAUGCUAUUUUUCCCCUUCUUUGGUA